AUGGAUGGAAAGCACGAAAUGUCUGAAGAAGACUACAGGAGGUUGAGAAAGGCACAGCCAAGGAAAGAGAAAGUCCCCAGGGAGGACUUCGGAGACCCGUCGGAAAUAGGAGGAUUCAAAGGCCCUUGGAGUGGAUUUGUGGGUGUGCAUGAGGACAGGAAGGGCCCAAGAGAUGCCAAGGAGGAACGAUCGCUGAAAAGAAUAGUCAAUAAGCACUGCCUAACAGUCGGAAACGAAAGGUCAAGAAGCAAUUACUUCUUGUCCAUGCGAGACUCGAGCCUAGGGAGGAUACCAUCAAAAAGAUUUAUUGUUCCAAAAAGCAACACCAUGCUAUUCCAUGACCAUAAGGACAUGGCAUCCUCCGUCUCCCUUUUUAGGAGGCACAGGCUCCUUCUAACUUCAGGGCUCGAUGGAAAGGUGCACUUGUAUAAUCUUAGGGCUGCCGACCUCGUGACAACAUACAUGGGCCAUAGUAAGGGAGUCUCCUCAGCCGCAGUGUCUGAGUGUGAAGGUAAAUUCAGUACAAUAUCAUUUGACGGAUUUUUGAAGGUCUGGGAUGUAGAAACAGGAAAGUGUAAUACAAGGAUAGAUCUGGAGUGCCCACUCACCUGCCAGUCGCUCAAGGUAUUAGACAAAAAUGUCUUCGCAGGCGGGAUGGACGGAAAGAUCAGAAUUGUGGAUGUGAGGAGCAGAAAGAUACUCAGUGAAGUCAAGGAAGAAUGUCAUACACAGAGGCAAACUACAUCCGGCCCUUCUUCUAUACGUGAUAUCCUCUUAGUGGAGGAGGACAGCACCCUGAUAUUCACAAGAAAAGAAGGUACUCUGCAUCAUUUCGAUUUAAGGAAUAACAAGGUAGUCAAGACACACAACGGAUCUUAUUCUUUCAUUGGAUUCUGUCCUAGCGAGAACACCCUUGUGGUCACGGGUAGUGAUGAAAUCGUACUUCUAAAUGCAUCUACCCUCGAGCACAGGGAAGAAGGAAUCAAGGCUCCAGGAUGCUCCACUAGAGUAAAGGUAUCUUUAGAUGGCACAACCCUAUGCUAUGGAGACAGCAGUGGGUUUGCCAACUUCAUUUCCAGAGACCCUGUAAGAGAGACAUCCCUUGGAUCUACGGGUGAGAUGAUAACUGUUAUUGACUGGAUGGACGGCAGCUCCUCGAGCCUUGCAUCAGGAGAUAUGCUAGGAAACAUAAAAAUAUGGGAAUAG